AAGGUGUUGCAAAAUUGUGAUGAACUAUUUGAACGUGAAGAAUUAUCAGCUGCUCCAGAUCCAGGAUGGCCAGAUUGCUUCAACUCUGGGGUCUUUGUGUACAAACCUUCUCAGGACACAUUUAGCCAGUUAUUAGAAUUUGCAAGGACCAGAGGAUCUUUCGAUGGUGGAGACCAAGGAUUGUUAAAUAUGUUUUUCAAAGAAUGGUCCAACACAGAUAUUUCAAAACAUUUAUCGUUUACCUAUAAUGUAGUUUGGUCAUCUACGUAUUCAUAUUUACCAGCACUAAAACAGUUUGGUCAACAUAUGAAGAUCGUUCACUUUAUAUCUUCCAGUAAACCCUGGCUUCAGUCGUUUAAUACAGAAACUAGACUUGUAACGUCCACUCACGGAGGAUCUGGAUUACAAGAACUAUUGCAACUUUGGUGGGAUUUAUUCUGUCGUCAUGUCCAUCCUCGACUAUCCACCGAAAUGAUAGAAAGUCGCCUCAGUAGCCGUUAUUCCUAUGAUUUUCAUCCCAAAUCCCGUAAUAAAAAUAAUACGUCUGAUAAUUAUACUCCUCAUAAUCUAAAUAAUUAUAAUUCUGAUAAUAAUUAUAUUUCUAAUAGCAAUACUUCAAAUAAUUGUUAUAUUCCUACUUAUGAUCCUCCAAAACAAGAUCAUUAUGAUUUUAUUGACCCCUGGGAUGUGUAUUUGGUUGAAAAAAGUGAGAAAACAAAUUAUGAAGUUGAACAAGAGUGUGUUGGUGUUGAAAGAAAUUUGGUGGAAGUUUGUGUGAAUAAUCAUUGUGAACAGGAAGUGGAAAAUUAUUAUUCUAUAAAUAACAUUGAUACGGAAAAGCAAACAAGAGACUGUAGUUUUCAGAAUGAUCUAGUGGAAGAAUGUGAUGCAUUUGGAAAUGAUGAGCAGAUUAAUGAACAUGUUGAAGUAAGAGAAUUCAAUGAGCAGAAGCAACUGCCAGAGCCAGAUCGGUCAAUAAGUGAUAAACCAAAUCCUGCAUGUUCUGAUGAUAUUCCCAAUAACCCCUUCUCCAAUUUGAGUGUUAAUAACUGUCGUCCUGAUUCUCCGACACAUUGCGAGGUACCUAAGGAUCAGAAUUGUCACAUAAAUGGUGGUUUGGCUGGACAAUUCGCAAGAGUUCCUUUAGGUGAAAAAACUGCUGACCAAAAAGCUUUAGAAGAUUAUCUUCGACGCCAAUCUUGGGAACAAGGAAAUAUGGAUUAUUUGGGCAGAGACAGCUUUACUAAUAUAUGGUCCAAGAUUAAUGAAACUCUUGGAAAUGUUCCAGAAGUUAGUGUUAAGGCUGAUGCUGUAGCAACACCUACACCACCAGAAGUAGUGCAUACUGAAGAACCGAAGCCAUUGAAAUCUGCUUUGAAAAAAACUUCAACUACUAUUCCACCUGUGAGUUUUGAACUUGAUAGUAGUGAUCUGGCUGUUAAACAAUUGGAAAAACUUGAUUUAUCCAAGGAUAUUUUAAAAGAGCUUAAGACACCCGAUACYCCUACUGUUACUGCACCAACACCUCCAACCACGCCCGCUUCCCAAGCUCAAGAAUCAAUAAAAUCAGCGCCAGUGGAAUCUGUGAAAGAAACAAUAAAAUCUGAUGAUAUUAUUAAAGAGCCUCCACAGUCAGCAGCAGAGUUAGAAUCGAAAAAAACAGAAUCCACAGAACUGCCAACAUCUGGAGCGUGUAUUUUAAAAUCAGUGGAAAUAGAAUUGCCGAAACCUGAACUAGUAGAACCUGUAAAGGAAACACCUACUUCUGUUGCGAGCACAGAGCCGCCAAAAGAAUCUGAUUCACCAGUACCCAAAUUGGACGAAGCAGUAAAAACCAUACCUCAACCUUCUGAAACAGCUCAAGCCUCUCAAAUUUCUAUAGACAAUUCCACGCCGUUAGUUUCAAACGAUCCACCAGUUGCCCCUAAACGUACUAAUAAAGGAUCGUCAAGUGUGCCUAAAAACACUAAAUCUUCUGAGAAAAAAUAAAAACUAAGAAACAAUAUUGUAUCAAGCUAUAUAUAUUAUUAUGUACACGUUUUGUUUUGUUCCUCAGAGUAAUAUAGUUUUAUUAAUUUUCUUUUUUAUUAACAAAAUAGGCUAAACUAAUUAGCGGACAAUCAGAGCCAAUAAUUAUUKUUAGGYUAAUUUCUU